GAAACGUGGUUUCUCAUAUUGGUACCUGUGGUUGUGCUAUGGUGUUGUUGGAAGCUACUAAACUGGGUGUGGUUGAGGCCAAAGAGAUGGGAGAGGUACAGGCUUUUGGUUGGAGACGCUCGGGAAAUGUUUAGGGUUCUCAUGAAUGCUGCCAAAUCUCAACAAUCCACAAGUUUUCUCUCAAAUGAUACGGACGCAUCACCGCAUAUCACAACCUUUAACCAUCACAUUGUCAACAAAUUUGCUACGCAAAAAAUCAGUUUUUUGGGAAGGUUCCAAACCAAAAGUGAUCAUCACAGACCCUAACCAAAUCAAAGAAGUCUUCAACAAGAUCCAAGACUUUGAGAAACUUAAGUUGAGCCCCAUUUUCAAGUUGUUGGGUAAUGGGCUUGCAAAUUUAGAAGGCGAGAAAAGGAAGAUGCAUCGAAAGAUCAUCAACCCUGCUUUCCAUUUAGAAAAAUUGAAGGUUAUGUUACCAAUAUUUCUUGAAUGUUGUGAUAAUAUGGUUUCCAAAUGGGAAGGGAUGUUAUCUUCAAAUGACAAAUGUGAAAUUGACGUGUGGCCUUUCCUUCAAAAUUUAACAUGUGAUAUUAUAUCUAGAACAGCAUUUGGAAGCAGUUAUGAAGAAGGAAAAAGAAUAUUUGAACUUCUGAGAGAACAAGCUGGACUUAUUAUGAAAUCACGAAGUGCUUACAUUCCAGGAUGGUGGUUGCUACCAACAACUUCAACUAAGAGGAUGAAAAUAAUCGAUAUUGAUAUACGAGCAUCACUUAAAGGUAUCAUCAACAAACGAGAGAAUGCAAUAAAGGUUGGUGAAAUCUUGAACAAUGACCUGUUGUUCAUGCUUUUGGAAUCAAACCGUAUGGAAAUACAAGAACAUGGAAACAAUAAGAAUAUUGCAAUCACUAGCCAAGAAGCAAUAGAGGAAUGCAAUGCAUUCUACAUAGCAAGACAAGAAACCACAUUUGUUUUACUAGUUUGGACAAUGGUAUUGUUGAGUAGAUAUCCUAAUUGGCAAGCACGUGCUAGGGAGGAAGUAUUGCAUGUUUUUGGCAAUCAAAAGCCAGACUAUAAUGGGCUAAGUCACCUGAAAAUUGUGACCAUGAUUUUAUACGAGGUUCUUAGGUUAUACCCACCUUUAAUUUAGUUUGCUCGAGCGAUCAAGAAUGAUGUGAAACUUGGAAACCUUUCCCUACCUGCGGGAGUGCAAAUUUCCUUACCAAUUCUAUUGAUUCACCAGGAUCGUGAUAUUUGGGGUGAUGAUGCUACAGAGUUCAACCCAGAAAGAUUUGCUGAAGGAGUAACAAAGGCAACUAAAGGCCAAGUUGUGUUUUUCCCAUUUGGAUGGGGUCCUAGAGUGUGCUUAGGCCAAAAUUUUGCUUUAUUAGAAGCAAAAAUGGUUUUGUCAUUACUCUUACAACGCUUCUCAUUUGAGCUUUCUCCUGCUUAUGCACAUGCACCAGUCACUGUGCUCACUCUUAAUCCAAAAUAUGGGGCUCAUAUUAUCUUACAUAAGUUGUAGUGUCAUCCUUUUGUAGACUUCACACUGAAUUAUCUCUAUUCCUUUUUA